AUGUUCGCCCGCAUCAUAAAGUCACUUACUGCACCGAGAAAUCCCUCCGUGCUCCUCAUUAUCAGCAAGCGCGGCGACAUGAUUCAUGCACUCCAUCUUGUCCCUGAGACUGGCGAGAUCGAACGCUCCAGCUUCACAGACAAAUAUCCUACCGUGCAACUUCAUGGAAGUAAAGAGACGUCCCGCGAGCCAAUCGGGACAGUUACACUUCCUGCCAGAGGGUUCGAGGCUACCAGCAAUUUUCUCGAGGAAGUUGGGACACGAAUCCGUAAGCAGUGGAAACGUCCCCUGGCUUCGAGCCCGUCGACCGUUGAGUCAGUGGCCCAGUGGGCGCAAGAUGUCCUUCGGCCUUCUGCCCUCGAAGUGAUGCACGAAAGUGAAGGGAAAGCCGACGCUACGGAGGAGACAGAGACGCUCUCUGUCUUUCUCGUUUACAUCACACGCCCAAAGCCAGGAAAGGUGAUAAAGUUUACAAGUCUGUGA